GCUGAGUCCUUUAGCUCGACUGGUUGCGAGUGUCUCUGUAUGGCAGCCAAAAGGACUCAGCCAAGACCAAACCACAAGUAUAAUGGAGAAAGAGAUGGCUGGGGCGUUCCUGGUUCACAGCACAGAGGACAAGAGCACGACGCUGUCAGUACGCCUUCCUGAUGAUGAACAGGGGGCGCCGCCCGUAUACAACCUGAUGGUCAAACAACACAAGAAAUUGCUCCACUUAAAUGGUUCCUCUCUGGUGUUUGAUGACAUCUUCAAAUUAAUCUCGUUCUACUGUGCCAGCAGGGACAUUCUGGCCAUCCCACUGAGGUUACCCAGCGCUAUUACCACGGCAACUAAGAGAGAGGAGCUGGAGGUCAUCUCUGCUAUGGGUGCAGAUUUCUGGAUGUCCGAUCUGAACCAACCGGCGAAGGACCAGGACCUGGCUUUGGAUCAGAACCACAACAGACUGUACUUGUAUGUCAACCCAGUCACUGUGGAGGAAAGCGCCAACAAAGACCUAAACCACUCCACUAUCUCCAAACUUGAUAUCGUCACCGCCCAAAACCUUACCUCCUCCCUGCAGAAUGGAGAAGUCUCACAGAAGACCAGCACAGAAGUCAAAGGUCAGGCCAAAACCACUCCCACCCAGGACAUUAAAUACAAGCGCCCCCCACCACGACCCCCCAGCCUGGGCUCAGGGUCUGGGAUGGGCCUCCUCUUCUCCUCUCCCCCCUCGCUUCACACUUCACCUCCAGCAGCUGAGAGAAAAGAGGAAGGAAGGGGUGGAGCGGGCGAGAGAGAAGAGAGGAAGUCAAUGUCAACAUCACUCACUCCAUCGAGGCCUCCUGUCCCCCUGCAGAGCCGAGCCGCUCCCUCGCUGCCUCCUGCACCUCUCCGUCGCACCUCCUCCAGGAGAAGCACUGACCGAGAGGUGGGAGAGGGGACGGAGCGAGAGAAGGGACAAAAUCCUGCAAAGAGAACUGAGAGAGAGGAAGGAGGAGAGGAGAAAACGGGAAGUAAAUCAGGUCAGCUGGAUGAGGGGGUUGAACAACAGAACUGUAGCCAACCUCAAGAGAAUGAGGUAAAACAGGACAGAGGAAAGAGAGAGACUGAGGAUGAGAAGGAGGAAAGAGAGGUGAAAAUGGAUACAGAGGAGCAAAAACAAAAAUCCAGCUCCCACUGUGCGCCACUAGUGAAAAAACCGUCCCGUCCAAUCCCUCCGCCAAGGAAGAAACAGUGUCCCCCGGACGCACCUGUGUGCCCCAACCAGGCAGGAGGAGGAUCAGCCAGUCAGACUGCUGGGAUGAGAGUGCCUCCUCCCUCACCGGCGAGGCGUCCAGAUGUGUCUCUGUACUCGCCACAGGGGGGUACUGUGCUGGUGACCGAUCCAGACUCCUGCUCUACCAGCAGCACGGAGGAAGACGGAGAGCCGAACCAGGAACAGGAGCAAAACCAAAAUCGCCCUGCAGAAAGCCGCAGCCCCAAGGCAGCGGUGAGGAGAACCCCCACCACUGUUAUGUUGGACCGAGCUUGCUACCGCCUGUCCACCGUCAUCACCGGCCUCAUCAGCCACGACCGCCGCCUCACACAGCGCCUCGUGGAGCUGGCCAGGGACCCUCUGAGCUACUUCGGUAACUUGGUAAAAGAGCACCGCGCGUUCACCUUGGAGACCAUGUUGAAGCACUCCUCCUCCACGGAGCUGUUACAGGAGAUCAGACAAAUGAUGACUCAGCUGAAGAGUUACCUGCUGCAGAGCACGGAGCUGCGAGCCAUGUUGGAGCCACAGCAUCAGUAUGCACAAGAUAAACUGGAGAGCAUAGCAGAAGCUGCUCUGUGUAAGAGCGUACUGAAGCCACUGAGGGAGCCAAUUUACCAGAGUCUGGAGAAGCUGCACACCAACGACGGCAGCCUGAAACAGCUGGCCCAGAACCAGUCUGGCGUCCUAGGCAGCACCACCACGGCGUUGGGGAUAACCACUGCCAUCCCCGAGGCCUCUGCUAUGGAGAAGAUCAGCAUCAAACUGAACAACCUCCAUCUGGAGUAUUCUCCCCAGAAAAAGAUUGAGCUCAUGCUGAAGGCCUGCAAGCUCAUCUACGACUCCAUGUCUGUCAGCAGUCCAGGGCGGGCCCACGGCGCUGAUGACUUCCUGCCUGUAAUGAUGUAUGUCCUGGCUAGAUCCAAUCUGUCCGCGCUGCAGCUGGACGUUGAAUACAUGAUGGAGUUGAUGGACCCAUCGUUGGCACUAGGAGAAGGUUCCUAUUAUCUGACCACCACCUACGGUGCUCUGGAGCACAUCAAGACUUUUGACCAGCAGAGGUCAGCAACACGGCAGCUCAGCAGAGAGGUUCAGGACUCCAUCCACCGCUGGGAGAGACGACGCACACUCAACCAGGAACGCAUGGCCCAAGGAUCUGUGCGGGACUUUCUGACGGUGUGUUGUCCAGAGAUGGGAGGCAGUCCAAAAACUCUGGGUGUCCUCCCCACCACCACGAUGCAGCAGCUAGCUGAGCAGUGUGCCGCACGCUUCGAACAAGACUCCUACAUGCUCAGUGUGUACAUGGAUGGUGUUCACCAGCCCCUGGCUCCCACAGAGCUGGCCCUCAGUGUGAAGAACGGUUCCCAACCCGGAGCCUACUGCUUUGUCUACCACCCUGUUGACCAACCCGUCGAGCAGCCCCAGCCUGGACGUAGCUGCCCCACUGACCUGCCUCCAGCUCCCCCCGCAGAAAGCUUUUUCCCAGCUGACUUUGCAGCUGUGGACACCGUAGAGCCAGAGGCGCAAGAGGAGGAGGAAAGUCUGAUUAGCUUGUAGCCGCUCCAGCAUCACAGGGGCAGCAGCUUUAUUGCCAUGAUGCACCACCAAACAGAGCAGCGGCCGACUAAAAUGACACAAAGACAAAAGAGAUGACUGACAUCUCAACAUGGGGUCUGGAACCCCAGGGACUGCAGGAGGAAAUGAUUUUAUAGAAUGUUAAAAAUGCAUGUUAUUCUAACAUGCGCAUAUAUGAUCAUGUUUCUACUGUUUCUACUCUACGAUACUCGAUGCUACUCUCUACUAUGCUCAAGCCUGUCUACAGGGGUGGACUGCACGUUACUGAUUAUUGGUUCAGAAAUUGGUUCUGUAACUUCUGUUGUGGGGGGUGUUACAGUAGCAGCUUUAUGGACAAAAACUUUUAAUGUCAUUCCCAAAUAUCCAGCAAGCAUCAUCAAGUGUCAUAUCACAUGUGUCUGUAUACUAAUACGGAUUGAAUUGUAAAUAAACUGGCUUUUACAAUUUUCCAAUGAUGUUUCUUGUUUAAGUUGACAUUUCUAGACUAAAGGAGUACUCAACAAUGUUUCUUCAGUGUAUAAUAUCUCAGAAAGGGUUCCAAUAUCAAAUAACAAUUCACAAAUGCUAGAUCAGUUACAAAGCCAUUAAUAAAACCAACUUCUGGGUUGGUCUUCCUACACACUGGGGCGUUUAUGAAAAAUCAUCCAACCAAAUGAGACUUUAGGCGACUAGCUAGCCCCACCGGUCAUGUAAAACCGCGUUUGUUGAUCGUAGUAGCUAACAGGGCAAUACGGACAGAGACCAAGAUGUGCGUUUGGAUAUCUGUGGGCAAAAACUUUGUUUUCAUUUCUAAAUCAAUGUGCCUGAGGUCUGAUUCAUUCAAGGGAAACUUUUCAAACGGCUCUGUGUCACUGCAGAGCAGGCAGCACAGCAGAUGAACGUCAG